GCAGCGCGCGCCGCCUUCUGCGCAGUCGCGGCUCGGACGGCUUGGUGCUGCGGCGCGCUCUGCCGUGGGUGGCGGUCCGCGUGCUGCGCGGCUGGGGAUGCUCCAGCGGGUGCGAUGGCCCCUGCCAUGCAGCCGGCCGAGAUCCAGUUUGCUCAGCGGCUGGCAUCCAACGAGAAAGGCAUCCGGGACCGCGCGGUGAAGAAGCUGCGCCAGUACAUCAGCGUGAAGACGCAGAGGGAGACAGGAGGUUUCAGUCAAGAAGAACUCCUAAAGAUAUGGAAAGGGCUUUUCCACUGCAUGUGGGUACAAGAUGAACCCCUCCUGCAGGAGGAGCUAGCGAACACGAUUGCCCAACUCGUCCACGUUGUUAACAACUCAGAGGCUCAGCACCUGUUCAUUCAGACCUUUUGGCAAACCAUGAAUCGAGAAUGGAAGGGGAUAGACAGGCUGCGCCUGGACAAAUACUAUAUGCUGAUCCGUCUAGUCCUGAGGCAGUCCUUUGAAGUUCUGAAGCGAGAUGGCUGGGAAGAAAGCCGAAUCAAGCUUUUCCUAGACGUCUUGAUGAAGGAGAUCCUCUGUCCUGAGAGCCAGUCUCCUAAUGCAGUGAGGUUCCACUUCAUUGAUAUUUAUCUGGACGAGCUCUCCAAAGUCGGGGGGAAGGAGCUUUUAGCAGAUCAGAAUCUCAAGUUUAUUGAUCCAUUCUGCAAAAUCGCUGCCAAAACUAAGGACCAGACAUUGGUGCAGACUAUCGCAAGGGGUGUUUUUGAAGCCAUUGUAGACCAAUCUCCUUUUCUACCUGAAGAGACGGUGGAGGAACAAAAGACAAAAGUGGGUGACAGUCCCCUCCCUGAGGAAGAGGCAGCUGCAAAUGAGACGGCCUGGAGAAAAGCCGCCAGCAGAAAGAAGGCAGCACUGGGAAAGUGUCACUCCAGAAAAGAUGGACUCAGUGAUGAAAAAGAAAGAAAUGACUGCAGAGCCUUGGAGGACACCGGGCCCCUUCUCCAGUUUGACUAUAAAGCUGUUGCUGACCGACUCCUGGAAAUAACCAACAGGAAAAACAUCCCUCCUUUCAACAGGAAGCGUCUCUCCAAACUAAUCAGAAAAUUCCAAGAUCUCUCAGAAGCAGGCAGUAUCUCUCAACUGAAUUUUGCUGAGGACAUUUCUGCUGAUGAAGAGGACCAGACCCUCAGUGAAGGAACACAUAAGAAAAAAUUAAGUGAAUGUAGAGAAAAGGCCGACUUGGAGAAGGAGAAAGGAAACAUGGCCCUUGUUGCUGAAGAAGAGGGCAGUGAAGGCAGUAUUCAAAAAAGAAAAAGGAAAAGGAAGAAGAAGAACCACCCCCAGCCUGAAAAUUCAGGCAAUGCAGUCCCAUCCCUAGAACAGAAUGGGGGCACGUCCAGCACCGGGGAGGAGAGUAGCUCAGAGCACCUUCAGUCUGUCCCCAUGCACCAUAAGAGGAAACGGCCACGGGGGAAGGGCCUACCAGUCCCUGGGGAGACCUCGGGAUUGGCAGUGUCACCUCUGGAAGAUGUGUCCCAGAGUAGCCUGAGCAGUGGGAAUCCUCAGGGACCUGCCUCCAGAGGUUCCCCGGCAGGUAGAGCCCAAUUCCUGAAAAGGAAGCGGAAACUUGGAGCUCCCCCAGCCAGUGGCAGCAGAAGGAUGGCCUGGCCUCUGGUGCAGAAGGAUGGCCCUCCAGCAAGACCAGCAGAGGGAGGGGGCAGCCACGCCGCCCUGCCCCCGUGCAGAAGACUACAAAAAAAGAAGGCAGAGGCUGGCAGCCUUGGCCUCUGUGACCUGUCUGGUCAGAAAACAGCGAUCUUGAAAAAGAGAAAAAAGAUGAAAGAGAUGGCAAACUUGGCAGAACACAAUGGAGUCUUGGGCUCCAAACUCAGGCAAAUGCAAGCUCUGGGAAGCAGUGGGACUCUUAGCCCUUUGAAAAAGCAGCAGCUGAGGACAGAGAACAACUUUGUGAAGUUUGACAGCCCCUUCCUACUAAAGCCCCUGUUCUUCAGAAAAUCCAAGGGCAACACUGCCACCUGCUCUCAGGGUCCUGCCGUCCAGCUGAACAAGAUACCAUCUAGCUCCAAGAAAGUCACCUUUGGGUUGAACAGAAACAUGACCACAGAAUUCAAGAAGACAGACAAGAGUCUCUUGGUCAGCCCCACGGGCCCCUCCCGAGUGGCCUUCAACCCCGCACAGAAGCCGUUGCAUGGAGUUCUGAAGACCCCCCCGAGCUCACCCGCCAGCACUCCACUGGUGGCCAAGAAACCGCUGACCACCACUCCAAAGAGGAGGCCCACGGCUAUGGAUUUCUUCUGAGGACAGUAGCAGAGUCCCUUUUUAAAGACUGCUUUUGUAUAGAAUAUUCUAUAAAUUAUAACUUUAAGAACGUAGGGCCUUUUAUCAUUUUGUAAGUUCUGUAACUUGUGUAUACAAGGUUCUGAACAUGAGCUGCUGCUUACUCCUUCCUUCCACCAGGAGCCCUGGAUGUCUCAGUUGAGUCUUCUGCAGUAGCAUGCCAGAGCUCUCUGGACUUCCACACAUUGGGUAACUUCAGCGGUUCCCGUUAGCAUAGGAACAGAGACCUUGGAGAAGCUGAGAAGAGCACACUGGUCCACAACUCUCAAUAAACUGGUGAGCACCAUUACCGUGUGGAAUCACACUUCCUGGUCAGCUGUCAGUUCACGUAGAACUCUGGUACUCACUGCUGUGUUUGCUAUGCUGGGUGGUGGGUUUUCUGGUUAUUUCUAGUCUAGCAGUCUGUUUUCUUUUCGAAGCAUGUAGGGUUUCCCCCCAAGUCCCACGGGCAUUUGGCAGUUUACCAAUAGGGAUGAUUCUUGGAACAGAAUCUGCAAUACCAUAGUUUUUCUACAUGUACUCAGCUGGGGGGUGGACAGGUGAGGGGAGAAGAGGCUCUUUGCCCUGAAGGCUUGCUUUUUACCCCCUCACUUUGUUUCCUUCCCUGUUUUCCUACCUCUACGGCAAGCCCAAAGUGUCUUCUGGGAGCCAGCCCUGCACUGAGCCCUGCUCCCGUCUGCAUCGGGCAUGAAUUCUUCCAAGCCAUGGGGCUCCUAUUUCUCUUUAUGUAUCAGGGAGCUAAAGGACUGAUGUCCCCAAAAGCAGUUUUUCCAUCUUAGAGGCCUGCUGACAGUGCUGUCACCUGGGCUCGUGCUCAGAGCGGGGACUGCCUUGAGCCGUGCAAGUGCAGUUGUUCACAGCUGCCUUUCAUCUAGAAGAUGGGCGUGCUCACUGACAGGUUUUUACUCAGUUCUUCUCAUUGAAGUUAAUUAUAGAAGUUAGGGUGGAAGGCAUUCAGGCUUUAGUUGGAAAAACAAAACUGCCUUUUUUAGAGCAGUCCUCACGUAAUAAUUGAUCCAGGUUAGGAAAACUUUUUAUCUUGAGAGAUGGGAAAGAUGCAGACUCAGAACCAGGUAGCCACUUGCAAAACCACAGGGGCCAAAGCUCCUUCUCCGUGGCUCUCGCAGAAAGACAUCAUGGGGCGUGGAGUUUGGGCUGACAGGUGCUCUGCACCCUCCCCUUUUGCGCAGAACUCCAAUUUUUCGAUAAAACUUGGGCCACUGCCCUUCACUGAUACUCCCCAACAGAGGACCCCAAGUCAGUGGUCUCAGCUGUGGCUUUGGGCAGCAAAGAGGCCCACUGGGGUUGCAGAGCUCAUUCAACUUUGAUUUCAUUCACUCUCGUAAUGGGGGUGGGGCUUCAUCUUCCAGCAGGGAUUGACUUGAUGUGGGGGGGGCAGACUUACUAACCAAGGCCUUGAUGAGAAAGGAGUGUUACCUUGCUCUCUCCCUGCUCCAUAAUAAAGUUCUGUCAUGCUUAGCCAUGGAAAAAUUAAUAGUUAACACUGUGCUUUUCAGCAGUGGCUGUCGGGUGGCGUCCCAUGGACAGCGUGACUUCAUGGUGGUGGCCUCACGGUUCUGGUGGGCUGCCCUUGACAGAACACAUCAAAGCACAUUCAAAACCAAAACUUUCGCAAUGAAAGGACUGGAUUUAAGUUAGCAAAUAUUUUCAACUUUUUGUUUUAAAAAACUUUCAUUAUCCUUAAUCAAAAUAUUUUUCUAACAUCAGCUUUAAAAAUGAGUCAUAGUCACAUGGGCCAUGUAAUCCAACAAUGUCAAGAUGUUCUAGCAAGAUAUUCUAGGGGGAAAUGGCACAUUGGUCCUUCAGACUGCCAUGGGGAUUUCUCUUUUGGCAUUCUUAUAUUAUCUUAUAUCCCAUAAACGCACCUCCUGUCAAGAUCACGCCUGUAAGGUGGUGUCUGGGUGACAGCGCACCCUCAGUCUGUUUUCCGACUCUGUCCUGUCUUACUCCUUUUUACGGGAAGUCAAAAAGGUUUACAGCAGUUUAUUUUUAAUGCCUAAGUUUUAGCAACAGGAAGAAAACCUUUUAAAAAUUCUCAUUAAUAUAUGCAUAAAAGAAUAAUAUGUCACAAAUAAAAUGUGUUUAGAAUAUCAGUUUUCUAUUUGAUGCAUGUUAUUUUCCUAGAUAAAAUUGCCAAGGGGACUUGGAGGUCCAGAAAAUGAAAUAAUUUAAUGCUGGUGAUCUUAAAUUAUAGUAUUUUGUAAAAUGAUGGAUGAUCUUUUCCUUCUCCAGAGGCCUGGUCAAUUUUGUACAAUUAGAUAUCAGACUUUACAAGUUUAUUACCCUUUCUUUUACUGAACUAAAAGCACAAAAUAUAAAGAAAAUCUGAAAAUAAUUGUUAGUAUUGGAAAUUGAGUCUGUCGUUUAAUUUUUGUACAUAUUUUCUCUGAAUUUACCUGACUGCUGGCAAGGACUUUGUUGAUCAAAUCGUAUUAGUGUCUGUGGGGUUUAUCAGUACUCGUCAAAACUAAGUCCAUUAAAAAUAUCUUUGUCUUUGCCUUCAGAUCUGUGUUUGAUACUG